AUGUACUGGAAUGCUCUGCAGAUGGCUCAGCAGCAGCUAGACAGGCUCUGGGAGGAGCUGCAGCGGGUGGAGCAGAAGCUUGAGGAGCAGGAGGCGAAGAUAGAAGCGGCCACGAAGGCCAAGGAGUUGCCUGAGCUCAUCGUCCUCAUCGAGAAGAAGAGGGAUCGGCUUGUCGAGGAGGAGAAGGACCUGCGGCAGCAGCUGAGCGCCCUGCAGGCCCAGCUGGCCGGCGUAGCAGGCGGCAGGUCGUGGUUCCUCUCACCGGCCAACCGGAGACUGGCGAAAGCCAGUGUGUUCUACCUUUUGGAUGACAACAACACCGGGGUGGGUGUGGGCGUUUUCUUCAGCGAGACGCGCGCAGUCACAGCCGAUCACAACCUCCUCGACCGGCACAGUAUUGGGUCUGGCGUCGAGGCAAUCAUCCCAGCGCACCGGGAGCAGCUGCGUCUGACUGUGCGGGCUCGCUUUCCCGACGACGACUUUGCCAUCUUGGAGGCCGCCAGGUCCCACGCCUUCAUCCCUCCCUUUGAAGAACCCCCCCAGGUUGUUGAGGAGGAGGAGGUGGAGGGCGAGGACGUGGUCUUGACCGGCUACCGCAUAGGCCUUGAAGGAAAUGCGCCACAUUUCAGCCGUCGCUUGGGGUUCACCAAGGCAUCUUCUAUCGCGUUCAGUGCGCAUCGUCGGCACCUGUUCUACCAGUGCCCAACAUAUGCAAUGGACUCUGGAGCUGCGCUUCUCCUCAAGGACGGUCGCCUCAUUGGCAUCCACCAAGAGGCGGUGAAUGCUUUGCGGGAGAGGCUUGCCCGCGAGAAAACCAUCAAAGGUCGCUUGACGGCAGCGGAGGAGUCUAUCGAUCAGAUUGUCUCUGGCGGCCUGGCUCAGGGUGGCUGUGCGCUCCUGUCACAUGUGUUCAUCAACGCAUGA